AAGCUCCGACGGAGGGACGCAGAGGACCAUCGAAGCCGGACAGGGGGACUGUAUUGGGAGCUCUGCGCCUUCUGGUUCCGCCUUUCCGUAGAGAGCCAGAAAAAGGUGCGGCCAUCAGCGAAGCUUCGGAGGCCUUGGGUCCAUGCUUGACGGGCACGCCGACCGGGCUUUGAAGAAAUCCAGCGGCGCGGCAACUGGCAAUGGCACUGUUGCUGCCCCGCACCCUGGGCGAGCUCCAGCUCUACCGCGUCCUCCAGCGAGCCAACCUCCUCUCCUACUAUGAGACCUUCAUCCAGCAGGGUGGUGAUGAUGUGCAGCAACUGUGUGAGGCAGGUGAGGAGGAGUUCCUGGAGAUCAUGGCUCUGGUUGGCAUGGCGACCAAGCCACUCCAUGUCCGGCGCCUCCAGAAGGCUCUGCGGGAGUGGGCAACCAAUCCCGGUCUCUUUAAUCAGCCAGUGCCCUCCAUACCUGUAAGCAGCAUACCGCUCUUCAAGAUCUCUGAGUCUGGGGGCCGCAAAUCACUCACCAACGGGCACACCAGUCCAGGAGAGAUCCCUGGCAAAACCAGUGCCACUUCCCCUGCCAAGAGCCCCUCCGAGCCACAAGGGAAGCUGUCCCCCUUGCCAGCCAUGCAGUGGGGCAACCCCGAGUCUGAAGAAGAAGGGGGGGCAACCUCACCCAGCGAGCCCCCCUCAUCCACUGAGCAUCUCGAUCCAGAGCUGGCCCACGCAGUGUCCGAGGGGGUGGAUCGGCUGCUGCGCAGCUGCCCUCGCAGUGGAGAUAUGGAGCUGAAGACCCUCCUGAAGCUGAAUAAGAAGCUGGCCAAAACGGUGGGGCAUAUCUUCCAGAUGGACAAUGGAGACCCUCGGAAAGAAGAAGAAAUCCGGCGUCACAGUGCCAUCUAUGGGCGGGGUGAAACUCGGCGAUGCGAGGGCAAGCAGCUCACCCUUCACGAGCUCACAAUUAAUGAGGCUGCUGCCCAGUUCUGUCUGCGGGACAAUUCACUGCUAUUGCGUCGUGUGGAAUUGUUCUCGCUGUCACGUCAGGUGGCUCGGGAGAGCAGCUACCUAUCUUCGCUUAAAAGUUCUAGACUCCGUCCAGAUGAAAACUGUGGCGGACGAGCUAAGCGCCUCAAGCAGGAGCAGGUUGCAGAGCACAGCCGCCCUGAGCUUCCCUUGGUCUGCGAACCCUUCCUUCCUCCAUACCGAUCCAGUGUAGAGGAAGACACAGCCAGCUUGUCUGGGGAAAGCUUAGACGGACAUCCGCAAGCUACUGGAUCCUGUCCCCGGCUUACGCCACCCCCCAACACCGCUUCUGAUGCACUGCUGAGCCUCCCGCCGCAUGGGCUAUGGAGCCGUCAUAUCCUGCAGCAGACACUGAUGGACGAAGGGCUGCGACUGGCCCGGCUGGUGUCCCAUGAGCGAGUGGGACGGCUCAGCCCAUGUUUGCCAGGAAAACCCCAGAUGCCUGAGUUUGGGGAAGUUCUUUCUGAGAGAUGCCAGCCUCCAGCAGCACAGCCUGAGGCUAGAAGAAACAGCAUUAAGGUGGAACCAGACACCAGCCGGCAAUGAGCAGCAGGGGCACCCUUGCUCAGCCUCUAAGCAAUAAUACUCCAGCCAGCUCUGAGCAUUAGACAGACCUCUGCCAGGAAGAGGGGGGCUGUCCUCUGCAUCACCCCCAGGAGACCUGUGGGGCUUUCUUGCAGAAGGCGAGCUGUCAUAUUAGCACAACCAACUCCUUCACCCUGUUCUCAUCUUGAAAUGGAGAGCAUGCUUGGCUGACAAACAGAAGAGCAUGGAUCAAUGGAUAGCGAAUCACAUAGGAAGCCUGCCAUCUUAAUUUAACUCAGCAAGAAGGGGUGCCCUGGCUACAGUUGAUAGCAUGAACUCAGGUAGACCAAAUCUCUGGCCCUCUGAUGGACUAAUGGAAGGUCAAUCUUACCCACAGCCUUUCCUCCCAUGUGAGACUUGAAACUGAGGGGUACAUAGCCAUAAAAAAGCACAUAAAAUAUCCUGUAC